CUGCCAGCGCUGACAUGGCCCCUCUCCUCCUGCUCCUCUGGCUGGGCUCAGCCCUCUGCGCCCAGGAGCUGGUCCCCAAGCAAUGCCUGCUGGGCCCUGAGUUUUGGUGCAGGGAUCCGGGCACAGCGGCUCAGUGUGGACGGCAGCAGGACUGCAAGCUCCUCGAGCAGCACAUGCCACAGCAGGGCUGGCACGUCCAGGAGCAGGCUUCUUCCAUCAAGUGCACCAUCUGCACCAGCAUCCUGAAGAAGCUGAAGUCUAUGGUCGGUGACGACCCCGACGAGGACUCCAUUGUCGAGGCCGAGGACAAGCUCUGCAGAGUUGUGGGCAGGAGUCUGCGGCGCCUCUGCCGCUACGUGAUCAAGAAGUUCAAACCCAAGAUCACGGCGGCACUGCAGGACGGGCAGGACCCCAAGGAGAUCUGUAUCAUCCUGCAGAUGUGCCGGGAGUCCCCACCCACCCAAGGUGGCCUGGUGCCCCCCAGCGAUGCCUGUGACCUCUGCCUGACCUUCACCAGCCUGGCCCAGCCUGACCUCCAGCACAUGAGGCCUGGCUGGGACCUUGGAGACGUCCUCAACGGCACAUGCAAGCGGUACUUCGGGAGUUCCCCCAGGUGCAACGACUUUGUUUUGACCUACCAAGCCAGGCUGCUGCAGGUUCUGAGGGUGCCCCAGGACCCACUCACCACCUGUCUGGACGCAGAGGCGUGCCAGCUGCCGGACGAGUCCGCCCAAGGAGAGACCAGCUCUGGCACCGACACCUGGGCAUGGCCGAAAGACGGGUCGAUCUGGUUCUGUGUGGACUAUCGGAAGCUCAAUGCCAUCACCGUGUCUGGUGCCUGCCCCAUGCCUAGGCCUGACGAGCUCCUAGACAAGUUGUGGGGGGCUCGUUACCUCACCACCAUGGACCUUACCCAAGGCUACUAG